CAUAAUUUCAUCAACUUGAACAAUCAUAUGAACUCAAACACUUAUGGAGGUUUCAAAGAAGGUUUUGGUAACGGGUGUGAGCAAAGGGUUGGGAAGAGCUUUAGCUUUGGAGUUGGCUACCCACAACCACACAAUAAUUGGUUGUUCACGUAGCCAACUUAAACUUGACUCUCUUCAAGCUGAGCUUUCUAAAUUAUCUCCCAAUAAUCAUCAUUUGCUUAUCAACGUUGAUGUGACAUCGAAUAGCAGCGUUAAAAAGUUCGCACAGCUUGUUGCUGAAAACAAUCUUGUCCCGGACAUUAUUGUGAAUAAUGCAGCUUUGGCAAGUAGAAAAAGUAAGAUAUGGGAGAUUGAGGAUGAAGAAGUUGAUAAUGUGAUUGAUACAAAUGUGAAAGGGAUAAUAAAUGUUAUGCGUCACUUUAUUCCUCUAUUGAUUCACAACAAGCAAGGCGUCAUCAUUAAUAUGUCAUCAAAUGCAGGAAGAGAGGCAUUUGGAGAAUAUGCACUAUAUUGUGCAUCAAAAUGGGCAGUGGAGGGAUUAAGCAAAUGUGUAGCAAAAGAAUUGGUGGAAGAAUUAGCAAUGGUGAGUUUGGAUCCUGGAGUAAUAUACACAGACAUGCUUGCCUUAUGUAUGGGUGAUGAUAUGGCUUCACAAUUUCAGUCACCUGAGGAAUGGGCUUUGAAAGCGGCAACAAUAAUUCUUGGUAUUACCACAUCAGACAAUGGGGCAUCUCUUACAAUUAACUGAUGUACUGUUGUACAAACUAUUUCAAAUUUGGUCUUUAUUGGAGCUUGAUAGUUUUUUGUUUAAAAAAAAUCCACCAAUAAAAUUUUAAUUCUCACUUUUCAUUUAAAUAACUAUUAUUAUAAUUAUUCUUGUUGUUCAUAGACAUAUAUAUUAAAUGGAAAAAGCCUAAACAAUGUUGGGAAAA